GGCUCUGGUGUAAGUAAGGUGCCGCGUUCGGAUGAUCGGCGCAACGCAUGCCAACACACAGCCACGUCCAAUUUAGCACAAACGUGGCGCACGUACGUCGCAAACACGCGUCAGCUGUCAAAGCACCACAGCCGGUCCCCAACCUCAGUAGAACCCAAACAAAAGACCCAUCGCAUCUCGCAGACUCGCCCUGAAAACCUCCGUACCCCUCUCUCGUUUGUUUGCUCACAGAAGGCAUGCCCGCGAUUCCCAAUCCAUACGGCGUGCUAGCGCGGCGCGCCUUCGUUACAGCCGCCCCGGCGCUGGCCCAGCCACACCUGCACUCGCUCUCGCGGCGUGCUCUGGGUGUGAACCACACGCAAGGCGUGACGCUGGGUGUGCUCGGCGCAUACAUCGUGAUCAUCGCGAUAUUGUGGAACGUACCGUAUGUUCGUUGGGUGCUAUGGCCGUUCAAAAUGUUGGUCAUUGCUUUCCACGAGUUUGGGCACGCGAUCACGGCGUGCUGUACCGGCGGCCGUGUCGAGUCUAUCAGUCUCGACCCGCAUGAGGGCGGCGUGACGCACAUGCGUGGCGGCAAACAAUUUCUCACGCUACCGGCAGGGUAUCUGGGUUCGAGUCUGAUCGGGGCCCUACUGACGUUCUGCGGAUUCAAUAUAGUGGCUAGCAAAGUCGCAAGUAUUGUGCUGGGAGUUUGUUUCCUGCUGACGCUGUGGUGGGCGAGGAAAGAUUGGUUGACAAUCAUUACGAUCUUGAUGGCGGUGGGAUUGUUGAUUGGGUGUUGGUUCAUUCAGCAUGCUGAGGCGUUGCGAUUCGUGGUUCUCUUCAUCGGUGUUAUGUCGAGUCUUUACAGUGUGUGGGAUAUUUGCGACGAUCUCAUUCUACGGAAGGUCAACUCAUCUGAUGCCAGCGUCUUUGCGAAGAGGUAUGGUGGCUCCUCGCAAUGUUGGGGCGUACUAUGGUCGAUCGUGUCUCUAAUUUUGAUGGUCUGCGGUAUCAUUGCAGCACUGGCGGCCUUCCCACAAGACUGGGAACAGCAGCAGAAAGAUAGCCAGGGCUUUAUUCCAACAUAAGAGCGUGGUAAGAUAGUGUCUCAAUUUCUAGUGCUAGAUUCUACAGGGUCCAAUCAAACACGUCCUUCGACUCAUUCAUACACUGCAAUCGAGGGAAACGGGAGCAGGACCAACCACUAUUCAAUUUUACAUCAUAGUUGCACUCCUGAACAUCUAUCUAUGAGGGAGUUCCAUAUCCUAUCGCCUAUCCCAGUAUUGAGCAUACUCGUACGGGCCCUCAAUGUCGCGGCCUGUGCGACAGAACGGACAUUCCGUCAAAUGGACGUCUUGCACAACUGCAUACUUCAUGCGUUUGGUGUAUGGAUUGGCGAGGCAUGUCUGCAGCUUGUUAGACCAAUGAAGACAAGCCCGGUUAGGUAUUGUAUGGCCGCAGCUUAUGUAUUCCUGGGCUCUUCUUGUAUUCUCGGGAUCGCAC